UACUGUGUGCCAUUUGCCCCAACCCCAAACUAGUUAUCACUGGAGGAACAAGCACAGCGGUGUGCGUGUGGGAAAUGGGCAUCUCCAAAGAAAAAGCUAAAGCACUCACGCUGAAACAGGCUUUACUGGGUCAUACUGACACUGUCACAUGUUUAACAGCAUCGCUAGCUUAUCACAUAAUUGUGAGUGGAUCACGGGAUCGCACCUGCAUCAUCUGGGAUUUGAAUAAACUCUCUUUUCUAACACAGCUUCGAGGUCACAGGGCUCCAGUUUCAGCACUCUGUAUAAAUGAAUUAACGGGGGAUAUUGUAUCAUGUGCUGGCACUUACAUCCAUGUCUGGAGCAUCAAUGGCAGCCCUACCGCAAGCGUAAACACUUUCACAGGCCGAAGCCAGCAAAUCAUGUGUUGUUUUGUGUCGGAGAUGAAUGAGUGGGAUACCCAGAACGUCAUAGUGACGGGCCAUUCAGAUGGCGUUGUCCGGUUCUGGCGGAUGGAGUUCUUGCAAGUACCAGAAACACCAGCUCCAGAGCCUGUGGAGAUGCUGGAAAUGCAAGAAGAUUGUCAAGAAGCACAAAUAGGGCAGGAAGCCCACGAAGAGGACAGCAGUGACUCCGAGGCAGAUGAUCCAUGCGUAGGCCAGGACACAAAACUGCAGGAGAGCCAGAGUCAACCAAGCAGCACCAGCCACAGGCCUAGGUCGUCAUCAAACAGAGCAGCAGCAGCGUGGUCAGCAGACAGCGGCUCUGAUGACUCCAGGCGUUGGUCAGACCAGCUCAGCUUGGAUGAGAAAGAUGGCUUUAUCUUUGUGAAUUAUUCUGAGGGACAAGCCAAAAUGCAUCCCCACGCUCAGGUUAACCACCCGCACCCCAGCUACGCUGAAGCACGGCACUACAGCAAGCUUAAACCAGGAUACAGAUGGGAGCGUCAGUUGGUGUUUAGAAGCAAACUAACUAUGCACACGGCAUUUGAUCGCAAAGACAACGCACACCCAGCAGAAAUCACCGCACUCGGCAUCUCUAAGGAUCACAGCAGAAUUCUUAUUGGGGAUGGUCGAGGCAGAGUGUUCAGCUGGUCUGUAAGCGAUCAGCCUGGCCGAUCUGCAGCUGAUCACUGGGUGAAGGACGAAGGGGGAGACAGCUGUUCGGGCUGCGCCGUCCGUUUUUCACUCACCGAGAGGCGUCACCACUGCAGGAACUGCGGACAGCUCUUCUGCCAGAAGUGCAGCAGGUUUCAGUCUGAAAUCAAGCGCCUGAAGAUAUCGUCCCCAGUCAGAGUCUGCCAGAACUGCUUCUACAACCUGCAGCAUGAGCGGGGCUCAGAGGAGGGGCCCAGAAAUUGAUGGGGUCCUGGCAAAUGGAGACCCCAUCCAGCCCCACUGUCACUCCGAGAACUAGUGAGAGUAACGCGCAGUGGUCGGAAGGGAUUAGAAUACUGUCUGUUUACACUUAAAUUUAUACUGAGUUUUAAGCACUAAAAGCAAAAAGGGAUCAUUGAAUUGACUUGUGUUGACAGAGGGUAAAUAAGGCUAACAGCAUAAUUAAGUGGAGAGCAAGGCCCAGGAAGACAUGAUGAAUAACCACAAAUCCAAUGGAACUGUCAACCCCUAAACCUGUGUUGACAUGGCUAUUGAGAAAAUCCUCACUUAUCCUAAAUACCCGUUCUUGUCUUGUUUUUGUAGAGCUAGUCAUCUUUAUUGGGGGAGGGGGAGGGGAAGGCUUUUUAGAAGAUAGUUGUAAAUCUGCCUUCUUCGCAAGCAACUGUGUAUAUUGUAAAUAGGUAUAAUGGCCUUUUUAUCUAAAUAUGAACUUAACUGCCUGUUACAUGGGACUUCAGAUUAACCACUAUACUUUGUGUGGCAUCUUUAUCUCAUCUAUCGAUUUAAAUACGAAUGUUUAAAAACA